AUGUUGGCAAAGCAGCACCGUUUGUGCAGUUCUGCAUUACGAAUGCCUUUAAUUCGGGCGACGCUGUCGCGUUGCUGUUGGGUUAGCUGCUGCGGGAACACCGGUCUCCGGCUGCAGGCGGCACGCGCCAGCACGCACCAUGAGUUCCCGGCGACAAAAAAUGUCAAUGACGCUUCUCAAACACCAGUUAAGACCGAAGGAGCCGGCGAAGCGGCUGCCACCGUCGAGUUGCUGCAAAGGGAGUUGGAGGACACCAGGCAGAGACUCGAUCGCGCAAACAGCCUCAUUCGUCAUCUCGUGAAGCUCGUG